AGUCCGCCAGCGCAAGAGAAAACGGAACGGAUUUUCUCUCCGCGGGAUCCGCGCUCCGGUCGCAAUCGUAGGUGGUAGUGGUACGGUUCCGUCGCGUUGCCGUGUUGGUUUCACGGGUUUCGCUGUCUGAAAGAGUCGUCAUUCAGCUUAGUAGUCGGGAGCAGCUGAGAGCGUGCAGUUUACCUUUCGACAGAAAUCCGUGUCGUGUCCGCGAAGUGAAGUGCGUUGUCAGGAAGACAACAAAAUAGCCUGCCACAAAAUAGUGUGUGGAAACAUUUUGCGUCGUCGAUUUUGCGCUGGAUCGGAACAUACGAAGGCAAAAUAGAUUUCAGUCAUUAGCCGUCGUCGUGAAUUAGAUUGCAAUUCGAGAGUGUGAAGAAAAUCAUUGUGGUGCGGUGCAUUUCUGAUUACUGAACGGCAGCCAGCCGACGAAAAUUCCUAGACUGAGAAAAGUGCAUCACGUCUUCAGAAGCCAUUUUUAGAAUCGGUGGAAAAAACGACCAGACCGAAACUUCCCCCAAGAAAGUCAUUGCUUGCAUAUAGGGAGGAGCAGAAUAGAAAACCAGCCUGGUGCAGCAGUUUUUUGUAUAUCACAAUAGAAGAAAAUAGUCAUUCAGUGAGUGAGUUUGCACUUUUCGUCGGUGGGCUGGUUCGAUUGGUGCGCGCGUGGUCUUUUCAAUUGGCCCCUUUCGUCGCAACACACCGAAUUGCGAAAGUCGCGGCGGCUUUCGGUUGAGCACCAUAAGGAAUAGCAGAAACAGCACCAGAAGCAGCAGUGAACGACAUGCCUUUCAUCUCGAAGGACUGGAGAUCUCCCGGUGAGGCUUGGGUCAAAACGGAGGAAGGCUGGGAAAAGCUGAAAGUGUUGGAAUGUGUCAAACGAAAAAGGUGCAUCUCUGAAUGUAGUAGUUCUAGUGAUACCGAAAACGACAUUGAAAACGGAGAUACUGAAAUUCCACCACACUGUCACAUAACGCUGAAAUGCACUCGCGAAAUUGCUGGCUUCAACGGCCUGGGAGAGGCAGUACGGAGGCUGGACUUCCGCAGCUCUGUACGAGAUGGCCGUCGGUUCAACUAUGUGUGUGCUCUGUUGCGGCUCCUGGUCUCUGGUAAAGGUAUCACAAGUCUUCCCGGUGGAGCCCAGAGGCUACUUCUGCAAAUGCUGGAGGAAGUAGCGACCUACGUAAGCGACUCACAGCAGAAUAUAAACGUUCUGAGGGGCCUGGUACAGCAGUUGCGUCUUCUAGUCAACCAGGAGAAUCAAAAAUGUUGGGGAAAACCUCUUGGAAGUCAAAGCCUGUGGGACGGACACGUGCAAACCAUCCAAAGGAUCCAGAACAUUGCUAGUCAGAUUCAAAUCAGAGAACCUGGUCCAAAUAUACGCCCAAAGCUACACGAUCUGCCAGAAGAAUGUGUUCGUGAGAUUAUUUUAAGGAUUACCGAUUACAAAGAUUUGGACGCUUCCGCCUCGGCUUGGUCGCUCAUGGCAGCGUUGAUUUCAGAACAACGUGUAUGGCGGGAGCUUUCCCAUUAUCACUUCAACAAGCAGCAAAUCGACUUCAUCCUGGACAAAAUGUGUCUCCAGGACACGAAGGAACGUCACCGCAACUGGCAGGCAAUCUAUCAUGCUCUACGAAAAACUUACGGUGUACCUGAGGAGCUGCAAUACGCCGAGAUAUUGGCAUUCUGUCGUCUUUGCCGUUGUCUAUUCUGGCCAUCCGCAGGGCACCCGUGCAUUGCCGAUCAGUGUCCGGAUAUACGACAGCGCAUCCGAGAUGCAGGUAACAGUGAUAAUACGGAAACUCAGCCGGUACCGCCGGCCCAAUUCCUCAAGUAUUUCUCGUUGUAAUUUCCGAUGCCAUUAGAAGACGAAAAAAUCGAAUUUGUAUGCAAUUUACUUCAUCCAAGGGAUUUAGAGCGGAUUGCUUAACACAAUAACAGAAUUUGUCAUAUACAUUGAACGAUUACGAAGAUCUCUGAGAUCACAGAUACAGUACACGGAAUUGAAGCCAAGCCAGAAAAUAUAUUCUUCUAGACAUUUUCUUGAUAUUGUAUGUGUUCAGGGUAGAAUUCAGCGGAUAUAGAUGCUUAUUAGAUUGUCAGCAGCGAACUGAUGGUCAUUAUUUUCCGAAAGCUGUUCUGAAAUUAUUGUUUUGCUGUUACACUUACUUUCUUGUUUUACGGUAAAUGAACUCUAUAAGUGUUUUCUUAGAUCGACCUUAGAACAAACGUAUUUGUUUCAAAAGAUAUGAUUAUUCAACUUUUUGAUCGUUAUAUAUAAUGUAAGCCCAAGCAAGUAUUUUUCUAAAGCUUGUUAGUUAAAUUGGUCUAACUAUCGUUUUCCUGUUGGAUAACAUUCAAAUUUUAGCUUUGAUCCUAGAAACUAUUGUUGAACUUGGAUUUUACGUUAAAGCUUAAUAAAACGCACAGACUUCGCAAUUAUAAUGAUUUGAAAUCGUUGAGAAUUGUCGUUAAAAAACAUAAAUGCCGUUGAACUACGUAGGUUUGUAAUUGCUUCAAAAACUUAUUGAAAUAGCAAAAUCUGACCAUUAAUCAAAAAAUGUGUUUGUUAUGAAAGCAGCCAGUUCAUUUUCAGCGAAUUCGACCGUCUUACAAGAAAUGGUAAACUAUGUC